AGCCGAAGAACGAGGCCCGAGGCCCCGCCCGCCCGGCCGCAGCGCAGCCGUCACGAUGGACGACCCGUGCGUGUCUCCGACCCGGCCCGCGGCCAGCUCCCGGCAGCCGCCGCCGAUUCCCGCGGUGAGCGCCCGCGCGGGGGGCCCGCUGCAGGCGGCCGUGGCGGAGCACCUCUUGCAGCUGGGGCGCUUGCUCCGCGAGGUGGAUGCCGAGACCGGCGCCCUCGCGGAGCGCCUCGCCGGCGCGGUCGCGGUGAGCACCGCGGCGCUGUCGGCGGCCGGCCCUGGGGCGGCCGCGGUCCCGCUGGCGGGAGGGGACUUCGGCCGCCGCCAGGGCGUGCGGAGGUGCCCGGAGAGCCUCCAGGGGCCGCACGUGUCUCCGGUCCCGAGCAGCGCCAGCAGCUCCCACGGGGCCGGCCUGUUGCCCCGGUACCUGCUGCCGAGGACGCGGAGCAACACGUCCCUGCCAGACGCGGCUCAGCACAACAGUGGGGACAGCACGGUGAGCUCCCAGAGUGUGCAGGCCCCCGUCGGCGUCGGCUUCAGGACGGCGUCCCUCGAGGGCUUCCACGGCAGCGUCCUCUCGGUGCCCUCGGGCGAUUACUCGGCCAGCCAGUCGAUCACCGAGGACGCCAACACCGCAGACAUCGUGGACGUGCUGGCGCGUGGCGGGCCCAGGACCGUGUCCUCGGAGCGGCUCGGCAGGUGGACCCUGGGAGGCAGUCGGACCUUCCAGGUCCUGCAGAGUCCCUGGCUUGAGGCGUUCUGGGCGUGCCUGAUAGUCCUCAACACGAUCGUCAUGAUCACGCAGGAGGAGUACAUGGGCGCCAAGGCGGGGCAUGGCCUCGGCUACUACACGCGCUACGGGUCGCCCGAGUACAACAGGGCCUACUGGCCCGGCGCCGAGAGCGCGUUCCUGGUACUCGAGUCGACCUUCGCCGUGCUGUUCACCGUGGAGGUGUUCCUGAGCAUGCUGAGCAAGGGGCUGCGGUUCUGCAAGGACCCGUGGGAGCUGCUGGACUUCACCGUCGUGGUGUGCUCCGAUCUGUCGGUGCUCUUCGUGCUCCUGUCGGCGGACGACAGCUUGUCCGAGGGGCCCGUCAAUGUCUCGAUGUUCCGAUUACUUCGUCUCGCUAAAUUGGUGCGGCUGGUGAAACUGCUCAGAAAGAUCGAAGGAUUUGACGCCUUGCACCUGAUGUCGACGGCCCUAAAGAGCAGCCUCGCUGCGCUAGGGUGGUCUUUCGUUCUCAUUGUGCUCUUGCAGACGUUCUUUGCACUAGUCAUGACGUCUGUGAUCAGAGUGUAUUCCUUAAACGACAGCAAUACCGAAUUGAGCCAAGAGGUCAAGCUUACGGCCUUUUUAUAUUUCGGCACAUUCGUGCGGUCGUUUUUCACUCUAUUUGAGGUCGCGCUCGCGAACUACCCGACCGUCGCCCGGUUCAUGGUCGAGGAGAUUGGCGAAGGGUGGUUGAUCCCCAUUGUCCUAUACAAGUUUGCCAUAGGCGUUGCCGUCAUGGGUGUUUUGAAUGGCGUCUUUAUCCAGGAGACUUUCAAGGUGGCUAGCAACGACGACACCAUCAUGGUCAGGACGAAGCGGAAAGCGGCCAACCUUCACAGAGACAAGAUGACAAGGCUUUUCAAGUACGCCGACAGACAGGGCGUCGGCAAAAUCGGCUUGCGCGAAUUCCGCCACGUCUUGAAGCAUCCCUCCAUCCAGAUGUGGCUCGCGUCCAUGGAUCUAGACUGCACCGACGCGGACCAGCUAUUCGCCCUGAUCGCCACAGGCGAGUUCAUCACUGUCGAGGAACUCAUCGACGGCAUCUUCCGGCUGAAGGGCUCGGCCCGCAGCAUCGACCUGAAGGUGUUGCUGCAGAGGCUGGGCACGCCUCUCUGCACGGAUGCACUGAAAGCGUCGCCCGACGACCUGCAGACGCCCACGUGUCGCGGCCUCAAGGGAGACCAGAGGGGCCGUCGGCUGUCGGCUGCCACACCGACGUCCAGCUUGGAGCCGGAAUGAGCUGCUCGCGAUCCUGUCUGCUGAUCAGCGCCUGCCCGGCGAGAUGCCCGUGCGGGAAGAAGCCCUCGACGCCGGCGCUGUGCACGGAGGGUUGCGGCCUCCUGCGGGACCCAGAUCUGGCCGAAACCCGCGCGCCGCUCCCCCGAAGGCAGGCCGCAGCAUUCCACGCACAUCUCGGGGGGGGGGGGCGGGCCUGGCAUUAAGUCGGGCGUGUGCCUCUACAGGAGUAUCUUUGUAAUUGUUUGUAAAUUUGUCCUCCAACAUCUCCCUGUAGGGUGACAGGCCCGACCUGACCCUGGCAGGGGGCCUCCUGCCAGGGCGCUGAGGUGAGGUCUCGGGUCUCGCUGGCCCUCGGGCCUUCACAACAAGGCUGCUCCUCUGUCGCGCAGCUCUUAGCAGGAGGAGGACCAUUCCGCCCGCAGCAAAGUGUUGCGGGGAUGCUGCCAAGACGCGCUAGAGUUUCAUGGCCCGCCUCCGCGCCGCUGCGAGCGCCGCCGUGAGUGUUUUUUCACCUGACCGCCCUGGCUGCGGGCUUCCCCGGCGCUGCUGCACCGCCUCGCUGCGGGUGCGCCGGGCUCUUCCCACCGGUCCUCUUCCGAUCUCUGCUUAGGACCCUCGGAUGCGGCGCUCCAGAACAGGCCUGGCCUUCCAGAUUUAGGAUCAGAAUGGAGGUGUCCUCUCUUCCUCGGUGGGCGGUGGUGG